AUGGCACAGCAAGGAAAUAAUGUGGAGUCUGAAAAAUGUUCUUGUUCAAUUUGUCUGGAUUUACUAAAGGAUCCGGUGACUAUUCCAUGUGGACACAACUACUGUAUGGACUGUAUUAAAGACCACUGGGACAGAGAAAAUCAGAGGAGGAUCUACAGCUGCCCUCAGUGCAGGAAGGAGUUCAUACCGAGGCCUGGACUGGGGAAAAACAUCAUAUUAGCAGAAUUAGUGGAGGAUCUAAAGAGGACUGGACUCCAGGCUGCUGCAGCUGAUCACUGCUAUGCUGGACCUGAAGAUGUGGCCUGUGAUAUCUGCACUGGGAGGAAGAGGAAAGCUGUGAAGUCCUGUCUGGUUUGUAUGGCUUCAUACUGUGAGAAUCACCUCCAACCUCACUAUUAUGCUCCUACUGUUAACAAACAUAAAAUUAUUGCAGCUUCUGCUAAGCUACAGAAGAACAUUUGCUGUCGUCACGAUGAGGUGAUGAAGAUCUUCUGUCGUACUGAUCAGCAGUGUAUCUGUUAUCUCUGCACCAUGGAUGAACAUAAAGGCCAUGAAACAGUCCCAGCUGCAGCAGAAAGGACUGAGAAGCAGAAGGAGCUCCAGGAGAGACGACAACAAAUCCAGCAGAGAAUCCAGGACCAGGAGAAAGAUGUGAAGCUGCUUCAACAGGAGGUGGAGGCCAUCAAUGGCUCUGCUGAAAAAGCAGUGAACGACAGUGAGAAGAUCUACAAUGAGCUGAUCCAUCCGAUCCAGAAAAGAAGCUCUGAUGUGAAGCAGCAGAUCAGAUCCCAGCAGGAAACUGAAGUGAGUCGAGUCAAAGAGCUUCAGAAGAAGCCGGAGCAGGAGAUCACUGAGCUGAAGAGGAAAGAUGCUGAGCUGGAGAAGCUCUCAAUCACAAAGGAUCACACCCAGUUUCUCCAGAACUACCCCUCACUGUCAGCACUCAGUGAGUCUACACACUCAUCCAGGAUCAAUAUUCGUCCUCUGAGAUACUUUGAGGAUGUGACAGCAGCUGUGUCAGAGCUCAGAGAGAAACUAGAGGACAUCCUGAGAGACACAGGGACAAACAUCUCAGUGGCAGUCCCUAAUAUGGAGGGUUUACUGUCAGAACCAGAUACUGAACCAAAGAUCAGAGCUGAAUUCUUGAAAUAUUCACAAGAAAUCACCCUGAAUCCAAACACAGCAAAUAUAUUUCUAUCAUUAUCUGAGGGGAACAGAAAAGUAACAUAUAUGAAACAGCAGUCUUAUCUUGAUCAUCCAGAAAGAUUUACUGAUGAGUACCAGGUCCUUAGUAGAGAGAGUCUGACUGGACGUUGUUACUGGGAGGUGGAGUGUGGAGGAAAAGGAGUUUACAUAGCAGUUUCAUACAAAAACAUUAUUAGAGCAGGCGAAUCAAAUGAAUGUGCCUUUGGACUCAACAGUAAUUCUUGGACAAUACGAAAUGACACAAGCCGUUACCUAUUUUACCACAACAACAUUCCAGUAAUAGGUCCAGUUUCCUUCAGAAUAGGAGUGUAUCUGGAUCACAGAGCAGGUAUUCUGUCUUUCUACAGAGUUUCUGAAACCAUGACUCUCCUCCAUAGAGUCCAGACCACAUUCACUCAGCCUCUAUAUGCUGGGGUUAGACUAAAUUAUGAAGGGUCCUCUGCUGAAUUCCUAAAACCGAAAUAGUGAAAAUUCAUCUUU